AUGACUUCAACAAUGACAGCUUUACUUAAUGAUUUUGAGCAGCGAUAUUCUAUUAAUACUGCAGAAAUUACUGCAAAAAUUGGACAACUUCAGCAAUUGCCUCCUUCAGAAGUCCCUUCUGCUUCUAAUGAGAUUAAAAAGCUUUUAAUGGAUGUUGAGGAUCUUCUUGAACAAAUGGAAUUGAGUGUUCGUGAAAUUGAGCCUAGCAAGUUUGUAUUUAGUCUAUUUCUAAAAAGUUUUAAUUGUGUUGAUGUUUGGCUAAGUUGGGAGUGCCCAGACCGUUCUAAAUACGAUUUGCGUGUUAAAAGCUAUAAAAGUGACAAGAAACAGUUGGAAGCAGAGCUUCGAAAAGCUGUGGACCGUAUUCGUAAUGUUGCUGAUAGAGACGAACUUUUGGCUUUUAAUGAUGCUUCUGUAAAUGUUGAUCAGCAAGACAAAUUAAUUGAAAAUACGGAACGUUUGGAUGCUGGAGCGAGAAAGUUGCAAAACUGCGAGAGAAUUACUAUUGAAACUGAGCAGAUUGGAGAACAAGUUUUGGGCAAUUUAAGCCUUCAAAGAGAGACUUUGACACGUAAUCGUGACCGUAUGAGAGAAGCUAAUUCUGAUUUGGGACGAAGUAAUCGAAUUGUUUCGCAAAUGAUACGAAGAGUUAUCCAAAACCGUUUGGUGCUUUUGGUUGUUUUUGUUGUUUUAAUGUUCUCUUUGCUUUACUUGGUUUAUAAAGCUAUUUGA